AUAUAUUGGUUUCGAAUGCUUGGUCACGAACUUGGUCGUAACGGUCGCUUCUGGUCUUUUGGCUCAACGUGGUUUCGUCCUACGUCUGCAGCGUUUCUGGUGCGCACCUCUACGAACGCCCUCUUGAGAUUCUGGAUACAAACCACUCUGGUGUAGCAUGCCAACUCAAGCAAUAAAUACAACACAUCGCUCCUGGUACCGUUCUCCGAAAACGACCUUCGUUGGCAACUCGACGAUCAACGAUCGCUUUCCUGUUCGCCAAUUCUUCCGUCCUACAAUCGCUCAUCAGCCGAUCAGUCCCACGAUUCAAACCGUUAUUUAUCGAAAGUGUAAACCCUUUCUAGCGGGGGGCUCCUGUAGUGACUCACGUUUAUCACGAGAACACGACUGGUUUAAUAAAAACGCUUAUUAUUAUAACCAAGUGUACCAGUGACUGUUUUAAUGUGCUUUUGUUUGACUGUGCUAAUGACAGCUAUUUUGUGCUUCCAUUCUUAUACUUACACUUUGAUUGUAACUUCGCGCGAAUUCGGUUACGUUCUGUAACCAAACUUGUAUCCUGGCACGAUCUCGGUAUCCUUUCGAUGCCACGAGAUCGCCAGCAAAUAAACCUCGACUUGGCCCAUUAACUGUCUUCUGAUAUUCGGCUUCUCGGGGAUUUUAUGGAGUCAUUUGGAACGAGCUUCUUACGCCUUCUGAUCUAUUUGGCACGUGUUUCUUGGUAGCGGUGUUCAUAGUUAAUCUCAACUCGACGCCACGCUACAAUUGGUAAUCCCAAUUCGACUACAAUUGGUGACCCGUAUUUUGGAACACGCCUCAACUUCUGAUCAAAUCUUCCAAAGAAGCCAAUUCGGUGAGUCUAUGAUUUAUCUAUCCACGUCUGUCGUAUAUUUUCAUAUUUUUUAAUAUAUAAUAUACGCGACAUGACGGAUAACGAUAUGAAUAGUAUUAAUAUAAUAGACUCACACGUAUGUGUACCGAACUCUUGUUACUUUUUAUUCGCGUGAUGAUGAAUUCCACGCUUUAUUCGAGAAAUGUUACCCUAUUAACGAUUCUCCUCGCUGACCCGGCUGCUUGGUACGGAAUGCAUACGCAUAAGCAUAUCCGUCUACCACCCAGCACCAAAUGGUUAAGUAAACGGUUUCACUGCCAACUUAAAAGUGUUCUACGAUCACACGAAAACGGCAACUGGCACGAAACCUUACCGCUCGUUCUUUUAGGGGUGAGAACGAGCUUAAAGGCAGAUAUCCAGUGUUCCGCCACUGAACUUGUAUACGGCACGACAUUGCGUCUGCCCGGAGAAUUCUUCACACCACGGAGCAGACCUAAUUUCGGUAAAUCAGACUACGUCCAUCGACUGUCUGCAUUUAUGCGAACGCUGUCUCCGGUGUCAACUCGAAUACAACAUCGACAGGUCGCUCUCCCUCGAGAGUUAUCUACCUGUUCACAUGUUUUUGUACGAGUAGAUUCGGUACGCAAACUUUGGCAACAACCUUACGAAGGCCCUUUUCACGUGAUCGCUCGUCACGAAAAGACCUUCAAGGUUGAUCGAUAUGGACGCGUCGAGAUCGUCAGCAUUGAUCGUCUCAAACCAGCACACGUCGAUGACAGUGCCCUAUCUGACACCCUGAGAUUCAAUGCUAGACCUAUCAAACCUAGCGGGAUCCUUAAAUCUUCUUCAGGUCCCACGCUAGAUACAUCUGAGACCUCAUUCUCACGUCCCAGUCAACAGCACGCGUCAUCUGCGCCGUCUACGGACGAGACGACAGUCUUACGUCCAGAUCAGCAGACCACGCCGCCCUUGACUUCGGAUGAGAUUGCAGGCUCACGCGACGCGAACGAGACUGCCGUCUCACGUUCCGGUCGCCGAGUACGGUUACCCGUACGCUUCCGCGAAUAGUCGCACAGUCAACUACCGAUACGGUGUAGGAUUAUUCCUAUACUACACGUAUGCUACACUCUUCUUUUUUUGAUUUUCUUUUUGUUUCCUGAGCCCACGCCUUCGACCAUCUCCGUUUGGUUCCGUCGACUUCAGUCAACUUUGGCGAAAGCUGGCCUGAUCACCCAUGCUCUUGUCAACGCACUCAGUCGAUAUAUUGGUUUCGAAUGCUUGGUCACGAACUUGGUCGUAACGGUCGCUUCUGGUCUUUUGGCUCAACGUGGUUUCGUCCUACGUCUGCAGCGUUUCUGGUGCGCACCUCUACGAACGCCC